UUCCCGACAGCGACGAGGCGAUGGCGGCGGCGCUCUUCCACUACCUGGAGAACCCGGAGCUGUGCUGCCGAAAGCUGACGAUGUUCGGUGGCGCCAUAAAGAGCUCGCAGUAUGUGGACGGCGAUAAGUUCGUCUGCCUGGACGAGGGACGCGCGCCGCCGCCAGGCAACUGCCUCGUCUACUCGUUGGGAAUAUCGAACGAGUGGAGUUUCGACCGUGCCAUCACCCGCUACGGUUGUCAAGUCUACGCGUUCGACCCAUCCAUGACAAAUUACACGCGCAACACAACAGAUUUUGGCGCCCGCUUCUACCAGAUCGGCCUAGGCGGCCGCACGGAGACGAGGAAGAACGGUUGGCAAAUGAUGACGCUGACCGGUCUCAGGGCCAAGCUGGGUCACUUGGAGCGAACCAUUGACUACCUGAAGAUAGACAUCGAGGGAAGUGAGUGGGACUGGCUCGAUAAUGACAUACCUGGUCUGGAGCGUGUCAGCCAGAUGGGCAUGGAGGUGCACAUGAGGAUGGACAUGAAGGGUCUCAGGCAACACUAUGACGCAUUCUGGCGUAUACAGCAGGUUGGAUUCAGGUUGAUCCACUCAAACCCUAAUAGGGUGUCGGCAGACAUGCUAGCGUGAAAGGAGUGAGCGGUAAGGUUGCCUCUUUGUACGAACUGGUCUGGAUGAGAGAAGGGUAGACCAAAGCACUGCCUGGCAUUGUCAUUGCCUACACUUUUCUCUUUUGACGUGAGCCUUGGCUGGCCCAAAUUUAAUGGACGUGCACGGCUGGUGGAUUGCUUAGCUAAAGGAAGCGUCACACCUUUUUCAUACUUCUCAGCCAUUGUUACGUCAGAUGCGUGCGAAAAUUACAUCAGAUGCAUGAAUAUCUCAGCAUUUCGAUUUGAAGUAGCCCACCCUGGGGAAAAUUUUUAUUUGAUUUCCCGUUUACCACUAUGAAAAUGAUAUUUCAUUUGCGUGGCUUUUUCCAACGUGCUUGUUCUGUAAUGUUUGCAACACACUAAUGUAGGAAAAUAUUUGUGUACUAGGCGCUAUAAAGGCUUGGGGGGUUAUGUUUAGAUAUUAAGAUAUGUAAUUAUGGAGCUCUUAUCCCGCGAAUUCAACGAAACGCUAUGCCAUGGUUUUCAGUUUCUCUCCUAUGGCAUUAACUAUAGUGGUUCUUUUCUAUGCGCACUGCGGCUUUGGGAAUGGGAGUUUCACAUGACCCAUGGUGACUGAUUCAAACUUCAUCCAAUGCGCUUUUCUUUAAGAGGCCCAGACCGCCCGAUGGGCCAAUCACAAACGUUUUAUUCGCACCAAUAGAGGUGCGCACGACGGUUGUCAGGGCGGAGGUGGCGCGACUACGGGGAAGAAACGUGGUGCUAUUAGAAAGCGCUGGCACCGUGAUUUCGUCCGAAAAAUAAUCGAACUUGGUAUCUUUAUUCUGUGUUGAUGCUGACGUAGCACUACCUAAUGCUAUUAUUAGACGUGGCUAAUCCUGAAGCCUCCCUGGAGCAACAUUAUUCUCGUUUUGUUUCACAGUUACCAGAGUUAAUCAAAGGCUGUGGAUGCCUUCGUAGCUAAUUGCAAUGCAUUACUGUUUGCCUUGAUGGCAGUUCAAGUGUUUUUUAUUAAGUUGGUAAGUAAACUGAAUGCUAGUAGAUGCAAUAUGUGUUGUUACAUUGUUAUCUUUGUGUUGUGCCGUGGCGAUUUGAUUUGAUCCCUUUGCGGUUUAGCAGAUGAUUGUUAUUAAGUGAAGUAAAUGGUUUUGAUGUGCUGCCGAUUACUGUCUUGCUGUGUUUCAAUAAACAGAUUGUGAGUUUGGACCUGAAA